AUGUCGUCUUCGACCCUGCCAUCAGCUAGCUCUGCUCCAAAUGACGCCACCCUGCCUCACGCAGUCAGCGCUCAGUUGGCCAAUGCCACGGUUGGAGACAAUGCCCAGCUUGUGGUCGUUGAUGGGAACACCGCCAUUGCCAUGAGACCGCAGCCCAACAGCAACGCCACAUUCACUGUCGCCGCUACGGCCGCUCCUGAUGUCCAGCCCAGCGAUGCUGUUGUUGUGCAGCUGACCUACAAAACCGAUGCCUCUCCCACCGCGAAGCGUGCGGUAAAGCGCGCGGUUCUGUCGGAGUGCACCUUGACGAUGAUAAUUGGGAAUACAGUCAUUUACUCAAACAGGAUCUGGACUACCGAUGGAAGCUACACAACAGUCACGAGCAUGCCUACGAGCUCGGGUUUGACGAAUCUGGUCAUUGUCCAGUACUGCCCUGCCACUACUACUCCGAUCACCAUUGCCAACAUUGCUGUUGCGCCCGCUUCGGCAGCAAAUUCGAGCUCAGGCACAGCUACCGUCAUCGCCUCCUCCACCGUGAUAACGAUAUCAACUUUAACUCCGGUCACGACCUUCACUUCGACGAGCACCUCUUCGCCUCCAAGUGUGCCAGCUAUCACUCCGCCAACAAUCUUGGCAGCCACUACAACGGGGUCUACAACAUCUUCAGGUUCCGUGACGCCUAGCUCCACAAAGUCUACCCGGCCCGGCAUCACGCCAUUCUCAUGGAUUCCGACCCUCGCGGUGCCGACUACGGUCACAGAGACCAACUGCCCUUAUCCGACAGCUGCCAACUGGUACACAGCCGGUUGUACUAUCUCGGGAGCUCCGCUCCAGCUUUCCGGUCUUGUCGCUGUUGCCACGGGUGUCCCCGCCCCGCCGGCUCAGGCAAAUACCAACCAACCCUUCGAAGCCGCGUACCAAGCUUGUGCCCAGAUGUGUGCUUCAAUGUUCAACUGCUACAGCUGGGCCCUUGACCGAGGCUACUGGCCCACAGAUUCCUCACCAUGGACAUGUUAUUUCUACUCUGCAGGUGCUAGGUUGUUGACCCCCUCGAACCAAGGCCAGAAUUGGAUCGUGUGGAUGGAUAAGAAAUGCUACGACUGCGGGAAUCCCUCCGCGGCUGCUUCCUCGACAACUCCCUCAGUAUCCUCUUCUUCUAGCGGCAGCUUGACUGUUCUCGCCGCCGCUGGCAGCAGCACUACUUCCAGCACAAGCACUCCCUCCAGUAGCAGCGCUUCGUCAACCGUCUCUGCAACAUCAGGACCAUCAGCAACAGCGACAUCUUUCACUACAACCUCCGCACCGUCAGGUACAGUGACGACCUUUUCCGCUCCGCCACUGCUCACACCCUGCGGCGCACCAACAGCCGCUCAGUUCUACACCAACGGUUGCAUUCAAUCAGGCUAUCCAACCGCGACUUCCGCCCUCCUUGCCGUCGCGACAGGCAUUGCGCCCAACGCUGCUGGUGACUUCAACUUCGACCCUGUGUACCAGCGCUGUGCCAGCAUCUGCGCAGGACUGACGGGCUGCCAGGGAUACGCUCUCGAUCGCACCAGCACCGCGGAGUGGAACUGCAAUUUCUACAGCCUGCCCGUCAAAACACUGUUGAGCAGCCUCACGCCCUCAUCAAACUACCGCGCCGUCGUCUGGAACUCCCUGCUUUGCUACAACUGCCCCGUUCCUGCACCGAUUGUCUCUUCACCCUCUUCAUCUUCGACAUCUUCCCAACCGCAGUCGGCGGCGUCUUCGGGCAGUACAACAAGCCCAUCCUCAACGGCACCGUCCAUUACGUCCACGCAAAGCACGGCAUCGCCCAGCGUCUCUGCCGCCGCAGUUUCAGCAGCCUGUGUCCGCGCAGAUGCGCCGCUUGCAGCCGCCAACUGCAAUGUCAAGGGCUUCCAUCAGCCUGGCAACUCGACACAAAGCACGAACGUCUAUGCUCAAGCUGAUUGUGCCGCCUACUGUCUUAGCGUGGGAGCAGCUUGCAAGAGUUGGACAUGGGUUCCGGCCUCCGGAUUAUGUGGUAUCUAUAGCUUGAACGUAUGGGAUGCCAUUGGUGACUCGGCCGUUGCAGGACGGGCUUAUAAGGACAACGUGAUGGACGAGCCUGGUUGCUGGACCUGCCCGACAGGUGUGACGGUUCAUUAUGUUCCUGUUUAA